AUGAACAAAAAAAUUUUGCCUAUAAGAGAAACGAACAUUGAAAAAGGCGCAAUCGAUAUAUUUAAGCAAAAAAUUGAAAGAAAAAAACAGAAUUAUCUAAGAUUUAGUUUUUCAAAAAACUUGCAAAAUAAAAGAGGAGAGAGUCGGAAAAAUGAAGAGAAUAAUACUAGCCCGAAGAACAAAAAGUUAAUAUAUAUAGAAACAUGUGACACACAUGAUAAAUACAUUUUGAAUAUGUACGAUGAGGAAAAUGAGAGCUGUGAAAAAGGGGCAUGUGUAGAAGGAGAAAAAUAUGAUUCUGUAUAUAAAAAAAAUGAAUCUAAAAAUACAAGUAAAAAUGAAGAAAAUAUUUACAUUCCUUUGAAAAUAUUAUCAAAUAGAUAUGAUUACAAUGACAUUGUUCAGGCAACUAAUAAUUUUGCAGAAGAAAAUAAAAUUGCCAAAGGAGGAAAUGGAAUUGUAUAUAAAGGAGUAUUAAAAAGUUGUAUAAAUGUAGCUAUAAAAGUUUUAAGCAAAAAUGAAAAUAAUGGUUUUGAAAAUGAAAUUAUUAUUAUGAGUAGAUAUAGACACAAAAAUAUUUUAUCCCUACUAGGAUAUGCAAUGGAUACAAAUUAUUUUUAUUUAAUUUAUGAAUACGUACAUCUCGGUGAUUUAAGAACCCUUUUAUUUAAUCAUCAUUAUUUUUAUAACUCAAAAGACAGAGAAAAUACAGAUGCAAAUUAUUCAUCCAAUAUGAAAAAAUAUUAUGAUCACAACUUUAUUUCAAAACAAAAAUUCUCUCCUUAUUCCAAUAAUUAUUUAUUAACUAAUAAACAAAUGAAUCCUGAAAAUGGAAAUAAUAAUUUAAGAUAUUCUUACUUUACUCAAGAUUAUUUUGAGAGUCAAAAUAUGCCUAUAUUUCUCUCUUUCCGUGUUAGACUCAACAUACUUGUUCAAAUUAUAAACGUCUUAUGCUACCUGCACACCUCUUCACCCAUAGUUUAUCACAGAGAUUUGAAGUCAGCCAACAUUUUGAUCGAUGAGAAAUUCAAUGCAAAAUUGGGUGACUUUGGUCUUUCCUUCAUUUACAUGAACAACAACAAUGUUUUUAACCUCACUGGUGGGACCCCUGGGUAUGCAGACCCGUACUACAUAUCGACACACGAAAUAAAUGAACAGACAGAAAUAUAUUCUUUCGGGGCACUGAUCUUAGAAAUGCUAGUUUCCAAAUCUCCAGCUAUUCAUGUAGGGAAGAAUUAUAACUGCAUUUACAACACAAAUGAAAAAUGUCCAAUAUUUUGUCACAGGAAGAAAAGUGAAAAUGAUGACAAUGUAUUCGAUUACUUGGUGAAUCACAUAAAUAUGAAUGAUUAUAAAUCUAUUUAUUCUAUUCUAGAUCAGAGUGUUAAUUUCCCCGAUUUCUUAGUAGAAAAGUUGACAAAAUUAUCGUUUCUUUGUUUAAAUCCAAAUAUUAAAAAUAGGCCUUCAUCUAAAUUAGUUAAUUUAAUUUUACUCGAAAUACAAAAAGAGAGUGAAUGCUUCAUUAAAAAGCAGCAGGAAUUAACUCAGAAAAAAAUCAACUUUUCUAAUAUGUAUUUUGAAGAGUGUGAAAAGGACGACAAUUCAGCCAGUGUUAUGAUGGAAAGUAGUGGAGUUGUAAAGGACAGGGAGAAAAAAAGUAGAAACACAGAUUUGUAUAAAAAAUUGUGUAUAAAUGAAAAAAAAAAACAAAAAAAUAAAAAUGAGGAAUACGAAAGAAAGGCAAAAAAUUAUGACAAUUAUGUCCGUAAAAUGGAAGAAAUAAAUUAUGACAACGUCAAACAGCUUUUUCUUAAAUUUAUGAGAUCAUUGUUUGGGGGUGGUCAAAACAACAAAUUGGACGAAAAUACAUACAAAGAGUGGGAACAAAUUUUGAACAAAGAAUUUUAUAAAAAUUUUUUUAAAACAUUCCUUUCCGAAUUCUCGCAAAGGAGUCGAUAUGUCGAAACGACUAAUGGCCAUGAAUGUAACAAUGCACAACCCAUGUAUUACACAUGUUUUAAGCACAACACUGUUGGCAAUUUGACUAACAUAAAGAAUGUGUUUUUCGAUAAUUUACACAAAGAUAUAUUUUUUAAGAGUUAUCUGUUCAAUUCUUUUUCCUUUAAUCUGAUGAAUUCUCAUUUUUUAAGGUUUCUUCAUGAGUACUUGAAAAAUUCAGCAAACAAUACCCCUGCUUCGAAUAAUUCGGCAAGAGUAAAAGUGGAAUCAGUUUAUAAAUGGUCGCGCAAGGUAGAAAUUAACAAGUGGUUUUCAGUAGAUAGUUCAUUUGGAUGUCAACUUGGAAAUGAUUCGAUUAAGCGUUCUCUCCCAAGUGACAUGAACAACUGCGUUCCCUUGAAAGAUGCCAAUUUUUGUGAUCCAAAUGAACCAAGUAAGACAGGCAAAGUAGCAAAUUGUGGAUUAAGUAAAACUGCGGAUAAUGAGGGAAUGAAAAGCCCGUUCAACAUAAAGAGACAUGUCCAAAUGACACCCAAUGAAUUAGAUGAUAACAGUGCAGAUCCAUUUGGCAAGGACAUUCAUGAAAGCAAUGAAAGCAGCAAGAACGGAAACAGUAGCAGCAUCGGGAACGGCAAUAAUGGCAGCUGUGGGAAGGGCAACUUUCCGGACAUCAUGUUGGUAGAAAGUAAAAACUGCAAAAUUAGGAAUAAAAACGAGAAGGAUGAUAGUGACAUGUUUAUGAAACAUGUAAUGGCUCAGGAAUGGUAUGCACCAAACAAAAAGCACAAUUACUAUUCCUCUUCCAGCGUAGACAUUUUUAAGAAUGGCUCUUGCCACGAAUGGGGGAGGAGGGAUCACAUUGGAAUGGCACCCAUGAAACAAAGUAGACCUAUAACCAUAAUGCACAGAUACAAUGGGCAGAAGAAACAUAACAACAUAGAUAACAUUAACAUAAACAAUGUGAAUACCAAUAAAAAUAUGUGUUCUGAUAAUCCUUAUCAGAAUAUGCAAAACAGUACAGAUUAUGAAAAAGGGAAUAAAUUUAGACCUAUAAAUAACCCUGUAAAAGACAUAAAUUCGCAACAUUUAUAUAGAAAUAACGGUUAUAACCAAGUACUGAAUGAAAAAAAUGGAUAUCCGAAUUGUCAGGAUGCCAUCAGUUUAUACAAUAUUGAUCGUGUGCAAAAUGAAAAUAAUGUACAAAACAAUUUUAAUUCAAAUAAGUGGUCAUUGAAAAGAAAUUGUAGAGAUAACACACCUAAAAUGGUUUUCAACAUCCCACAUCAUGAUCAUGUCAAAACAGAAGAACAAUGUUUAAUCAACAAAAAGAAGGUAAUGCGGACUAAUGUUUCUAUCGAUGAGGGAAAGGUGGCCAAGAAUUUGGGGUUCUCUAGAGCCAGACCUGUGCCCGUGUGGAUUGACAUCAAUGUUGGGAGCAAAAUUGGAACUAAUGUAGGAAGUAAUAUCGGAACUAAUGUAGGAAGUAUUGUAGGAAGCAAUAUUGGAAGUAAUGUAGAAAGCAAUAUUGGAAGCAAUGUAGAAAGUAUUGUAGGAAGCAAAGUUGUAAACAACAUCGAAAGCAACGUCGAAAGCAACAUCCGGAGCAAUCGGAGCUGCAACCCCAACUGUGACAUAAGGCUCGAUAAUGGCACCACUGGUUCUAGCGCGUGGGCGAACCAUGGGAUGAAAAACGGAAAUACCGCAGGAAAAGCAAUUAUUCGUGGAACAGCAGAAAAAAACACAUCUCCACAAAAGAGAGAAAUUCAGGAGUGCAAUAUAAUUUACAUUUCUAAUUUUGCAAACUACAUAAAUUUCGAUAGAAACAGAAACGGAGUCGAUUCCAACACAUUCGAGUGGUUUCACAAAAAUGUAUUCGAAAUGAUCAUUGACGAAAAUAGAGUUACCUCAGAUGUCACUUUUUUAGAUAUUCUGUACGAGUUUAACAUUUUCAGUUUUAAAAAGAAUAAUAUUCCAAGUUAUCAGUCAUCACAUAUCCAUCCAUCACUACAGGAAGAAGAAAAAAAUAAAUAUACUCUAAGUGGGAAAUGGUCAAAUUGUAGUAGUACAGAAAAUAAUUUCAGUUCAGUUAAUUUACAAAGCAAUUUCUUUUUUGAAAUAGCAGUUCAUUAUGAUAAUAUAAAAAAGGCACACACCAUUUUUCUAUUAAGACCAAAUGAGUCUAAAAAUGAUGUAUGCAAAGAAAAAGGAAUUGUAACAAAAAAAAUAUGGGUUUCUGAUUAUGUUGGGAGAAGAAAUGAAUUUGUGGAAAAAAUUUUAAAAAAAUCUAUAUCAAACAUUUUAUAUGAAUGUAUAAGUAGAAAACAUUGCUUAUUUAUAUUGGAGGUGCAAAUGAAACAAUUAAGUAAACCCACAUCAAGUGAUAAUAAUAUAAUAAGAGAAGGGUUUUCCUAUUACUUUUUUGAGUACAGUCUACGAGUUGUGUGCAAUAGUGACAAUUGUAUUUUUUCAAAUAAUUAUAUUCUAUAUAAAAAUAAUACCUAUUCAUAUAGCCUACCAAAUAAUGUAUUAUCGUUGCUUGUAUUUUCUGAGGAUAAAAUUAUGAAGGGAAUUUCCCCUAACAAAAACUCACUCUCGACAACACAAAAAAUUCACUUCCCUCUUUACCCCUUUUCUGUCAAUAUAAACAUUUAUAGUGAAAAGUAG